UACCAAUCGAUCAAUCUGAUAAUCCAAGUUAUAGAUUUACACUUACAUAUCAUUACCCUACAAUCCUUGAUAUUGAAGAUAAAAAUAUUUUAGUUGACGAUGAUAAUCCUGAAUCUGUUAUUAAACAUACAAUUUCAAGAAUCAAACAAUUACGUCCUCCUUGUGAAUUAACUGAUAUGAUGAUUGAAUUAUAUUCUUUGGUUCCACUUUCUGAUUCAGAAAAGAAGGAUCCGUCUAGAAACUAUAAUCCUCCACGACGUCGUCAACUUCGUGAUAUUAAUCCAUUAUCUGUGCCACCCUGGAAAGAUGAUAGAAUCAUUUUAUUAGGUGAUGCCGUUCAUGCUAUGAAUCCAGAAUUAGGAUUAGGUGCAAAUAACGCGAUAACAGAUGCCGAUCUGUUAACCAAAGAAUUAAUUAAUUCUGAAAAUAAUGAUUUAAUCGCGUGCAUUCGACGAUACAACGAACAAAUGCGAGUUCGAUCAUCUAAAGACGUUCUAUCAUCACGUAACGUGGCACUAAGACAACGAGAACCAGUGGGGGAUUUUGGUUUAAUUCUUAGAUAUUCUUAUUUUAGAGUUCUUACAGUUUUUCUCUAUGUUUCUUCAUUUAUUAAAAUCCAUACUUAA